UCUGCAAUCAACACUAUCAUAUUUUCCUUCCUGGAAAUAAGAUGAUGAAGAAGGAUAUUACCUAGGAAAAACAAUUAGGACAACUUAGGACAAUUUUUUGAGUCAUUUGUGACUUUAGCCACCUUGUCCUAUUUCUGAUCCUUAAAUGGUCUCCAUUUCUUAAAAAUUACAACAAUAGUAGAUAUUAUAAUGCAGCCUUGCAAUACCACAUCUUUCAAGUGGACAACUGAGGCAUAGAAAAGUUAAUGAUGCAUAGAAGGACUGGGAGAGAAAACCAGGAGGAGAUAAGUAUUUCUUGCUUCCUAGUCCCCAUCUUAUUUUGUCACAUAUACAAAACAGAGCAACCUUAUGUCACGGAAGGGGCAAGAGUAAAUUACAGUAAAUCGCAGCCUGGAAAGCAAAAAGCCAUCAGUCCAGUUCAAGGAAUUCUGCAGAGAUUGAUACCACAGUACCAUAAGCUUGCUAACACAAAACCAGUCCUGAAAUACUAUGCUGAAAAGUUAAAGAAGGGAACCAGAUCUCUGGUAGCCCAUCUGCUUUUCUGUAGCUACUGGAAGCUCGUGCAGCAUCCACAUCUGCUGUGCUGUGUGAUGUUUCAGAGAGGCUCAGAAGCAGCAGCCCCUUGACUUUCUGCAGCUCCCGAGCCCCAUUGGCUGGAAGGCAAAGCAGAGGCGGAGAGUGCCCUGAAUAUUUUUCUCCUCCACACACCAUAAAGCAGGCAGCCGGUACACACUGUCUGACAGCAAGACUGGUGCUUGCAGUUUGAAAUUAGUUUCGGCUCGGCAAGAGUCACUUGAGCAUUUUACAUUUACUUCUUUUAAUUGAAGGGCAAAAAAAAACAACAACCCUGCAUCGUAACAGUGAACUAAACAAGAACUGAACGUAGGGGAAAAUCUCAUACAAACUUACAGACUGUUGGGACUCUGUGACACAGAUCACCGAGGUGAAUGUGAUGAUGAUCAGAAACUGCGUCUGUGAGAGCAUUAACCAGCAUUUGUGAGUUUGAAACCUUAUUUUGUGACAGCAGUCAAAGUGUUCUGAACUGCUGCCUGCCUUGGUGCUGGCUUAUUUUUCUUCUCUUCCCAAACUGAAAAGACAAAGGAGGAUUUCAGAGGAAUGCAAAAAGAACAGGAGUUUUAAAAGCAGGAAGCUGAAAGGGGGUCUCCAUAAGAUGAAUUUCACCCAGCACCGUGGGACACUCCAGCCUCUGCAUUUCUGGAAUCACAGCAAUGGACUGCAUGGGGGUGCCAGCGAGCCCAAUGCAAAGGGCCACUCCUCGGGAGGCUGCUACGAGCAACUCUUCGUAUCCCCUGAAGUGUUUGUGACUCUGGGUAUCAUCAGCUUGCUGGAGAACGUCUUGGUCAUUGUGGCAAUAGCCAAGAACAAGAACCUCCAUUCGCCCAUGUACUUCUUCAUCUGUAGCUUGGCAGUGGCUGACAUGCUAGUGAGUGUAUCUAAUGGAUCAGAAACUAUUGUCAUCACGCUGCUAAACAACACAGACACAGACGCACAGAGCUUUACCAUAAACAUUGACAAUGUCAUUGACUCAGUGAUUUGCAGUUCCCUGCUUGCAUCAAUUUGCAGUCUCCUCUCAAUAGCAGUGGACAGGUAUUUUACUAUCUUUUACGCCCUCCAGUACCAUAACAUCAUGACGGUGAAGCGUGUAGGGGUCAUCAUCACAUGCAUCUGGGCUGCUUGCACAAUCUCAGGCAUUUUGUUCAUCAUUUACUCUGACAGCAGUGUUGUCAUCAUCUGCCUUAUCAGCAUGUUCUUCACCAUGCUCAUUCUCAUGGCAUCCCUCUAUGUCCACAUGUUCAUGAUGGCUCGGAUGCAUAUCAAAAAGAUCGCAGUUCUUCCGGGGACUGGCCCUAUUCGCCAAGGGGCCAACAUGAAAGGGGCCAUCACUCUCACUAUCCUGAUUGGAGUUUUUGUUGUGUGCUGGGCCCCAUUUUUUCUGCACCUCAUCUUCUACAUCUCCUGCCCCUAUAACCCUUACUGUGUGUGCUUCAUGUCCCAUUUUAACUUCUACCUCAUCCUCAUCAUGUGUAAUUCCAUCAUUGAUCCACUUAUCUAUGCAUUCCGGAGUCAGGAGCUCAGGAAAACAUUCAAGGAGAUUAUAUGCUGCUGUAGUCUGAGAGGGCUUUGUGAUUUGCCUGGCAAAUACUAGACUGAGGUGGAUGUGUUACUGUGUACUCAACAUGCAGCAGACUUCUGAGCCUUCAGAUCCUCUUUUUCAGCAGAACGUGGGUUACAUCUUUAAGAGCAAACACCUCUUUCCCUCUCCCUUUCCUCUCAUCUUUGUUUCCCAUUCACGUGUAAUUCAUACUUCUGUGUAGUGUUUGUGAUAUCUACUCCUUGUAAUUUAUUUGGCUGGGAAGAGAAGUAGCAUUUCAUACCAGUUUGUAAGUGAGCAGAUAAAUGUAAUGAUGAAUGUGAAAUACUAAGAAAUAUGAGCAGCUAUAUGUUCCAACUGCUGACAAAAUAAAAAUCUUG